CCAUCCUCCUCCUCCCUCCUCCCCCUGCAGGCUGUUCCUGCAGUCUCCUCCCCUCUACAGCUCGCAAUGGACGCGACCUCGGCACACACGGAGCGGACUCUCGCACCUCUCCUGGUGCUCGCAGCCACGUGGAUCAGCCAGGUGCUGGGCAGCACAGUAAACCUCAACACCGAGAACGUGGACAGCAUAUUAGGUUCCGCGGAUCUGGUGAUGGUCAACUUCUACGCGGAUUGGUGCCGCUUCAGUCAGAUGCUGCACCCCGUGUUUGACGAGGCCGCCCACAUAGUGCAGCAGGAGUUCCCGGGGGACAACUCCAUCGUGUUCGCGCGCGUCGACUGUGAACUCCAAGCGGAGCUGGCGCAGCGGUACCGCAUCUCCAAGUACCCGACUAUGAAGGUGUUCAAGAGCGGGCGGAUGAUGCGGCGCGAGUUCCGCGGGCAGCGCUCCGCCGCCGCGCUCGCCGACUUUGUGCGCCAGCAGACGCUCGAUCCCGUGCUGCGGCUCGAAACCCUCGACCAGCUGGACGACAUCGACCGCAGCAAGAGAACGAUCAUCGGCUACUUUGAGGAGCAGGAGGGGGAGAACUACCGCACGUUCCUGCGCGUCGCGCACGUCCUGCGGGAGGACUGCGUCUUCUACGCUGCCUUCGGAGACAUCUCCAAGCCCGAGCGGUUUUCGGGAGACAACAUCAUCUACCGGCCAGCAGGGGAGAAGAACCCGGACAUGGUGUUCCUGGGCACGCUCAAGAACCAGGAGCUGCUGUUCGCGUGGACGCAGGACAAGUGCGUGCCACUCGUCCGGGAGAUCACAUUCGAGAACGGAGAGGAGCUGACGGAGGAGGGGCUCCCCUUCCUCAUCCUCUUCCACAAUCGCGAGGACGAGGAGACGCUCAGCCGCUUCCAGCUGGAGGUGGCUCGCCAGCUCAUCAGCGAGAAGGGGUCGAUAAACUUCCUGCACGCGGACUGCGAGAAGUUCCGGCACCCACUGCAGCACAUCAAUAAGAGUCCCAAGGACUGCCCCGUGAUCGCCAUCGACAGCUUCAAGCAUAUGUACGUGUUCCCCAACGUGAACGACAUGAUGGUGCCCGGCAAGCUGAGGCAGUUUGUGCUGGACCUACACUCGGGAAAGCUGCACCGGGAAUUCCACCACGGUCCCGAUCCGACACAGGUGGUCGAGGAGCAGUUUGUGGUGGAGUCCAGCGACCCCCCAGAGAGCUCGUUCCAGAAGCUGGCCCCCAGCGACCGACGCUACACCAUCCUCAAGAGAGACCGCGACGAGCUCUGAGACGCCCCCACCACCUCGCUCGCCACUCGCCGCACCGCUCUCCUCCCUUCCCCUUACCUCCCGGUCACGUCACUUCAACCUGCCUCACCUCUCGCUGACCUCCCGCUGUCCUGACCCCUCGGCUUGCCCUCCUCACCCCUUGCUCACCGUCAACAAACUGCCCCCAAGGGCUCCCACCACCGCCACCAACACCACCCCCGUCCUCACCGCCACCCUCACCCGCACCGCCACCCUCACCUCCACCCUCACCUCCACCCGCACCGCUACCCACACCGCCACCCACACCGCCACCCACACCGCCACCCACACCGCCACCCACACCGCCACCCACACCGCCAAUCCACACCGCCACGGGGAACUAUCCUCGGAAGCCCCACAGCUGUUUUUGCGAGUGGCAGCAGUGGCGCGAUUGAGGGGGGGGGGGGGG